AUGGAUAACCAAAGCAAAAUUCAUGGUGAUGAAGACGCAAUGCUAAUGGAUGUUCCCAUAUCUGUUAUCACACCUCAAAAAUCAAAAGUUGAUGAUUUAGAGAAUAUGGAUACGCUCUUCAAAGUAGAUGUUGAAGAUGCAAUAGUGGCGAUUUCCAUAUCAUCUGUCGCACCUCAAGAUGAUGUUUUAGAGUACAAAGUUGGUGAUGAAGAUGCAACAUUAAGGGAAGUUCCCAUAUCUUUUUUCGCACCUCAAGAAUCAAAAGAUGAUGUUGUUGAGAAAAUGGAUAAGCACCACAAAGUUGAUCGUAGAGAUGCAAUAAUGGCAAUUCCGAUAUCUUCUGUUGCACCACAAGCUGGUGUGUCAUUAAAUAUGAAUAAGCUGGAUCGAAUGGAUGGUGAUGAGGAUGCAACAUUAACAGAAGUUCCUAUAUCUUUUAUCGCACUGGAAAAAGCAAAGGUUGAUGUUUUACAGAAUAUGGAUAAGCAGGACCGAAAUGAUGGUGAUGAGGAUGCAACAUUAACAGAAGUUCCUAUAUCUUUUAUCGCACUGGAAAAAGCAAAUGUUGAUGUUUUGCAGAAUGAAAUGCUACCAAAAAAUAUGCAUUACAUGCAUACACAUACAUUUGAACAUAGAAAGCGAAAUUGGAUCAUCAAGAAUAUUUCUCGCCCAGGUGGUUUAAUAAUUGAUUAUGUCUACCAUCAUUUGGAGACAAACAAAAAGUUUCGAUCUCUGAUAGAGGUUUACAAAUUUCUUGUAUAUGGGGAAGUUCCUGAAAUAACGAAGAAAUUAAGAGAAAAUGAAGAACCAUUACAGGUAACACCGAGACGUAAACCACAUGUGCGCGGUAAAAAAUUGAUAAAAAAAUAUGUAGUUGGAACAUGCAUCGAAUCUUGCAACGGGAUUUACAUUAAAAAUCGGGGAGAAGCUAACUACUUAUCCGAACGUGACAUCCCUUCAAACAUUGAAAAAAAGAGAAAAAGAGAAAACGAAGAUUUGUAUGGGCAUCAACAGGUGAACUUGGGAGAUGAUGCAACACAUGUCAACUCAGGAGAUGCUGCAUUAAGUACUUUCGUACACACUUUUCUUUACCUUUGGGAUUUUGAGCUCAUACCCGAGGCACACAAUGAAAAUCUUUCCUAG